AUGACAGCCACAUCCACACCUUCUCGACCGAUGGGCAUAAUUUUGGUCCAUGGCGGCUUCCAUCUCCCGUCAUGCUUUGACAAGCCCAAAGCCCGACUAGAGGCCGCCGGGUUCUCCCCCGUCCUCGCCGUGCGCCACCCCAGCGUCGGCCGGGACCCAAAGGUGACGGUCGAGGACGACGCUCGCAACAUUCAGGCCGAGAUGGAGCCUUACCUGGACCAGGGCAUCGAGUUCCUCGCCGUGUCGCACUCGUACGGCGGCGCGCCCCUGACCAUUGCCGCCAAGGGCUACUCGGUCGCGGAGCGCGCGGCGCAGCACAAGACGGGCGGCAUCCGCGCCGUUGUGUACCUGACGAGCAAUGUGGUGCCCAAGGCCGGCGCCAGCGCGCUGAGCCCGUUGCCGCCGCUGGAUAUCGUCGAGAUGGGUGAGGGUCUCAUGUGGGCCAACGAAAAGGCCAAGGCUGCCUUUUAUGGCCCCGACAUGGCCGGCGAUGAGGCGGAUAGAUGCAUGGCGGUGCUGCUGCCGCAGUCGAUGGAAUCGCUCCUUGGCGGAGUCUCGGUGGGCGUGGAUGAAUUGACUGUGUCUGCAUAUUAUAUUAUUUGCGAAAAGGAUCAGACGAUUCCAGUGCGGACGCAGGAGGAGAUGAUUGCAACGAUCCCGACGCUGAAGAGAGUCUUGCGCAAUCCUGGUGGUCAUACGGCAUUCAUUACAGAGAUGGGAAAGUUUGUGGAGCAAAUCAUUGAAAUCGCGGACGAGGUUGAGAAGGAUUUCAAGGCAUAA